AUGAACUCAUCAUUGAUCGUUUUGUUGGUUUUGGUUAUCGCAUUCGCAUCGGCUCGUUUUUCAUGUGGACAAGAUGCUCUCCAAGCAAACUUGGCUGAGAUGUUGGUGAAAAAUGAUUGCAAGGGAAGACUCCGUAAGUGAACUUUGAAACUUAUGUUUGGGAAAAAACUAUCAUGAUAAUAAAUUUCAGAAGCUAUUGACAAUUGUUGUGCUGCUCAUACAAAAUGCCACAAAAAGAAGCAAGCCUCAAAAGCUGAUUGCGAUUCUCGUUUCUGCACUUGCGCCAAGAAAGCCUCAAACAAACUUCCACUUUGUGGAGUGAGUUUCAUCGACUUUGAUAAAUGGUAAAAAAUCUUUUGAUUUUUCAGCUUCAAACCGACAAUUUGUGCAACACCGCCAAAACUUUCGGAGAUCUUCUCAGAGGUUAAUUCUUCCACAAAUCUAUUUAUUUCAUAAUUUAUUUUUUGAUAAACUUGUUUUUGUAAAAAAUUUGCAGGAUAACACAUGCAAUAGAAAUGAACUAGAAUCACAAAAUCAUUCCGAAAUUGCUCCAAAAAUCAAAUUCCCUCUUUGUUUUUUUUCGCGUGAGCUAACGUGGCUGCCAAGUAGGCUUGUAGUACUGUUUCCACGUUUUAUUUCUAGAUAUUUCACAAAACUCAACUUCUAAAAAAGUCCCUCUGAUGAAUCGUCUCAAAUUUUUCGUUGUAUAAAAAACAAUCAAUGUUACUGUUUUUGUUCAUGUUAUUUUAUGAGCUAUAAUUAUUUUAUGAACGUUUUCAUGAAAGUGUCCCGCGAAACAAUAAAAAUGAAUAGUACUUGAAGCCGAAUAAAUUUUAGUACAGAGUUCAACAAAACAAAAUUAAUCAAAAGACUCCAGAACAAUCCCCUUAUUUUUCAAAACCAUAACACGAAUUUUAAAAAAGGUAAUAUAACUAGAGUUUUUUUUUCUUGUUUCGCUUUUGUGAUCUUUUUGUUAUCAGUCAAAUUACCCCACACUACAACAUUCAUUUUUAAUUUGAAAGUUGAUAACAAUGAACAUCUAAAAAAUAAGAAUCGGAAAUAUGUGUUGUGGUGUUUCCUGAUUGACCAAAAUUGGAAAAAAAUGUAGUUUACAAAAACUUCCGCAACAAACUGGAAAAAAAUGUUUUCUUUUAAUUUUCAAAACAUUUCGAUGAAACUUUUCUGAUAAAGAGAAUAUGUGAUUGAGUAUGGAAUUGGAAGCAGAAUUUUGAAGUCUGAAAUUGUGCUAGCCUUUCGUCAUGGAUCAGGAUCUUGAAAUCAUCUCUAAGCUGAUUUCAAAGACAGUUAACCAGUUGGAAAUAGUUUGGAUAGCCGGUUGGUUAUCUUUAAUAUAGAGUCAUCGAUAAACUUUUCUCUAGACCCAAAACUUUUCGAAAUAGAUCAAAAAUGUUUUUGCCCCCACGCCGUUUGCGAAAAAAGUAUUCGGGCAUUCCAAUACACUUUGUUUCUCAUUUUCAAAAAAAAACCCCAUUUACCUAAUUUAUCGUUUCAAGGAAAUAUUUCGAGUUUCGAACAAUUUAUCAUUGUUGUCAUGUUCAAUAUAACUUUAAAAUUCUAAAUUGUUAUCAGAAGAAUUAGAAAAAAAAAGUAGAUUGAAACCUAGAAAUUAACUGUCUCUCCUUCUUUUGAAUUUCACGUUCUUCGCGAUCAAAAAACAAACUCCUCCCUUGAAAAAAGUCUGUUUAAAAGUUUGUUUUGUUUUAUGUCCGUCAAUUGGACCAAUGUUCAUUUCAACCAUCUUUAUAGUUUUAUCAAUUUAUUCAAUCGAUGCCUAUAAUUAUUUGAUAACGAAUCCGACAGUUGGAUUCAGCCAUGUUAAAUAUAAUUCAAAAAUCGCUGAUGUUCUUGCCGAUGCUGGUCAUAAUGUGGUGAGUUUUUCAAAUUCUCAAUUUUUAAAAAUGAAAUCAAUUAAUUUCAGACAAUUUUGCAAUACUAUCACAUUCCAAUGCCUAAUUUGGACGGUCUUGUGAAAAAUCCAAACGUUGAAAUAAUCCAUUAUUAUCCUGAUAAUUUCGAAGAACUCCGUAAAGCUAAAACUGCAACUUUGCCAGAAUUCUGGGCCACAAAAUCGAUGGACAGCCCGCUUCUUGGAUAUUUUGUCAAACCUGCGUUUUUCGCCAGUAUGUGGAAUAAUACAUAUACAAGUGAGUAACAUAGAAAACUUUUAAAGACAAAUUUCAUUUAUCAAUAAUAUUUUACAGAACUUCUCCGCGACAAGGAAUUUCUAAAAACUCUUGAAGCACGAAACUUCGAUGCUGUGUUAGCAGAAACUUUCGAAAUCGGAGGAUUCUGUAGGUUGAUAACUAGAAUUCAAUUUCAUUCUUCACUCAAAACUUUUUCAGAUAUUGCACAUCUUAUAAAUGCUCGUUCAGUGAUUGCAACAAUGCCAUCAGUAAGAUAUCCGUAUACAGAACAACUUUUUGGACAGCCCGCAACUUUGGGAUAUAUUCCGGGAGAUUUUUCAAGAAUGGGAAAAGAAGCGACUGUUUUUGAUAGAUUGAAUGAUAUUUAUUAUGAUUUCUUUAGUACGAUCUCGCAUAAAGCCUAUGCAGAUGCUCAGCAAGUUUUAUAUAGUUCAAUUGUUGGAUAUAAUCUUCCUGAUUGGAAGGAACUUGUGACAAAAUCAACAUAUUUCUUCACAAAUACAAAUUCUUAUCUUGAUUUUGCGAUUCCAAAAACUCAAAAUAUUAUUCAUGUUGGAGGAUUUACAGUUGACAAAGAAGCUACUUAUAAAUUACCAGAAGAAUAUCAAAAUAUAAUUAAAGAAAAUACAGUGAUUAUAUCUUUUGGAUCAGUUGUUCGAUCUUAUGAAAUGCCCGAAGAAUUCAAAAACGGAUUAAUCAAACUUUUUCGAAGCAUUUCCAAAUAUAACAUUUAUUUGGAAAUAUGA